GGUCAUUGUCAGCUUUCUGGACACACAGAGACAGACAGGAUGGAUUUCCUCCGGCAACAUCUCCCUGGGCUGCAUCAGGCCUUGAGGGGAGCACUGGAGUCCUUGAGUACCUUUGUCUCCUACCUUAUGGGAGAUGAGGUCCCAACUGUAGAGAGGAGGGAAGCACAAGCAGCUGCAGAACUGGGGGAGGUGACUGCAGGAAGGCCAGAGAAGCCUGUUGAGGAGGAAGCCCAGGAGGCCCUGGAGGGCCUUGGGGGCAGCCCAAACAAGGAGGACAGGAGGCUGAGAGGGCCUGAAGAGGCAGGAAGAUGCCAGGGAGAAAGCUCAGCUUCAGAACAGACCUGGGGGUGGGGAGAUGGCAGCUCCCAGGGGUCCCAAGCAGACAGGCAGGGCAGUGGGACCUGGGAGGCAGCCAAGACCUUCAGGAAUCAGAAGCCAGGUGCCCCCUUGGAGACCGGCAAGGAAUCUGAGGCAGGGCCUGGGGUUGAUAGAUAUAGUAACAGCCAGAUCCAGGAGAGUCAAGAGCCCGAUGAAAAGGAAGUGAACAGAGGAGAGACACUGAGAACCUGGGAACAGGAGGAGGAGGAGGAGGAGCAGGAGGAGGAGGAAGAGGUCAGCGAAAGAGAGCCAGGGGUGACUGGAGGGGUGGAGUCAGAGUCGACCUGGCACAGGGAGCCUGAGCAGAAAGCCAGUGCUGACGCACAAAAGGUAGCAGGUGACAUCAAGGAGACAGAACAGGCUAUCAGGGAGACAGUGGCAGAGAACAUUCCAGAGCCUGGGGUCAGAGGGGAUGGGAGGGAAGAAGAGGUGGUGAUCACAAUGAUGAGUGGUCAAAGCGCAAAGGCUCAGGGGACAUGGGAGCCAGAAGAAUCAGAGCACUGGGAAACCUUGGGCAGUCAGAAGGCCUGGACAACCUCAGGCAAGGAAGGGGGAUGGGCAACAUCAGGCAGGGAGGAGGCAGACUUCCUAGGAGGCAGCGAGACAGAAUAUGGGGCAGUCUCAGGAGAGAGGAUCCCAGAGGGUGCUGAGAGAGUCUGGGUCUUAGAGGAGGAGGAGGUGGUGGAUGAGAAGGGAGAGGAUGAGGUAAGCCUGUUCCUUGAACAGACCCAGGUGCCAAGAGAGGAAGAUGAAGUUAAGGACCAGAUGGGAAGAGUGCUAGCAGAAGGUCAAGGGUCAGAGGGGGAAGUAGAAGAGGGAGUGGAGGGCCUGGCAGAUCAGGGUGGGGAAGAAGCCAGGAGGAAGCAUGAUGCAGAAAUAGGGGCUGCUCAAAUCAAUCUGGAGGAGGUGGUACAGGCAGAGGAGGCCAGUGAAGGGAAAGAAAGGUGCUGGGCCACAGAGCCCGAGCUGCUUCAGAACAAAGAGGAGAGUGAAGGUGAUGCAGACGUGGAGGCAAUCCCAGAGGCCACGCCUGAGGAGUUGACAGGGAAGGGGAGUGAGGAGGAGAUUCCAUCGGAUCAGGAGACAUUGGGAGUGGAGUUGGGUGACUCCAAGGAUGAAGCUGCUGAAAAUCAGGGACCUGAGCUGGCGGGAGGCCCCCAGACCCCAACAAAGCAACCUGAAGAAGAACAGGGGGCUAAGGAGGUGCUCUGGAGCCAUCCAGCCCUGAGCAAAGAGGGCCUGGAAGGGGGCCUAGAGGAACACCCCAACACCACGUGGCAUGUGAAGCCAGACAGCUCUGAGGCAGAACAAAGAAGGGACACAGAGGGAGGCAAUGCCCAGGGGGGAGAAAAUGUUGAAGAGGGGGCGGAGGAAGGUGCAGGAGGCAGAGAGUGUGCACUAGCAGGAACCCUGGAGAAGAAAGCUAAGGAGGCAGAGGAGGGAGGAGCCCCUGGAGGAGAGAACCAAGAGCUGGCUGGGAGGCUUGGGGCAGACGAGUCAGGUCUGGGGGGAUCCGAGCCCAGCGAAGCCAAGGAUGAGGAGGUGGAGGCUGUGAUGCCAGGGGCUACAGACAGAGCGUCCAGGGGAGGAGGCAGCCUGGAGGAGGCCCUAAGCGUCCAGGACACGGUGGCCAGUGCUUUGGGCGCUGAGAUGGCAGAGCAUGAGGAUGCUUUGGAGAGAAGGGCAGCCGCCAUUGGGGAGGGGCCAGAGAGACAGGCUGGCGACGGUUGGGAUGGGGCCUGGGACUUAGAAGGGGGAGAGGCUGUGGGCAGGGGUGAGGAGGCGCCAGAAGCUGCAGAGGGAGAGAAUGUUAGUGAGCAGGAGUUCGGCCUGGAGGGCUCCAGGGAGGAGGAGCUGAUGGGUGGAGAUGGCCAAGCAGAGGCUUUUGAGGAGAGAGUUGGUGAGCCAGGGGGAGAGCAGAUGGAAGCUGGGGAGCCGGGCUUGGCAGAAGGAAGUGGCGGGGUGAGUGGCUUUACCUUGGGCGCUCAAGGGGCAGGGGCGCAGGAGACUGUGACCAGAUUGGAGGCUGAGGGGCUGCAAGGAGGGCAGCUGCUGCUGGAGGAAGAGUGUGAGGACCACAGGGCUGAGAGGGAGGCAGGGAGGCCCCUUGAGGAGGAGGAUGUUAAGGUGCCUGGAGACCGGAGGCCAGAGGUCGAAGAGAUUGAUCCGGAAGGCCUGGAGGGUGUCCAGGGCCAGGAGGGCCAGUCAAUGACCCAGAUCCCUGCGGAGGUGGAGCCUGGGCCCCGUGGGGAGGCCGAAGGAAGUGCGGAAGGGGACACUCCCACCAGCUGGUGUGAGGCACUGCUCCCGGGCUCUCUCCUGGAUGUCUCUGUCCCAAGGAGCCGAGUACUCCUGUCCCGCAGCUCUUCACAGCGACGCUCCCGACCCUCUUUCCGUGGGACCCCUGGCCCCGAGCAGCCACAGGAGGAACCUUCCAGCCCCCCAUCAGAAGAAGAAGGGUUGUCAGCCCCUGAGCAACUUCUUCAGCCCAUGGUGCCCCGAGAGCCAAGUCCCCCAAGGCCAGAAGGAAUCCCAGCCAAGAGAAGGGCCCUGGGACAUGGGUUUGGCCUUGCGCACGCCGGCAUGAUGCAGGAACUGCAAGCCAGGCUGGGCCGGCCAAAGCCCCAGUGACUAGAAACCCAGCUCCCUGGAGCCAGGCCCCAAGUGAGGGGCAGAGGCCUUGUGUGAACCCUACUCAGUCUGACUCCCAGGCCACUUUGGACACAUCUUCUCCUGCCUCUGGGUCUUAGUUUCUCCGAGUGUCAUUCACGGAGCGCUUGGAACCAGACAUCUGCAAGAACAAUGAACUUAAGGAGCCUGAUCUCUCACACGGCUGACAGACGACCUGCCCCCCAGGACAACCUCUCACAGCCUGCCUGGACAACUUUCACAACCUGUCCCAGCUACCUGGAAGUCUAUAGGGAAUGAGACCCUUCUCGCCACAACCUUCCCUCUCUGACUGCCUUCACCCCCCUCCCCAGGCCUUCAGCUGUGUAGGAAUAACGCAGCCUUCUGGGGCUGAAGCCAGUCCAGAUUAAAGGGAUCAGGCGGGUAUAAGGAGUUCCAUUUGUCAUCAGAAGUUGAUGGAAGACACAUCAGUACCUUGAAAUGUCCAAAAUGGGAGCUCAGCCUUAGACAUCUUCUGGUUGCUAUGGCAACUACCGACUGAGCAAGCCAGAGUAAAGGAAGGUGGGCCAACAUUUAGAAACAGAGGGGUUCGGGUUCACGAGAGACUGCAGACUCCGUCCCUCUUGCCCUGUGUAAGAAAAGAAACUGAGACAGAGAAACAAUUACAGUGUUUUAUUGGGCACCCAGCAUGGUGGCCUAGCCCCAGGACCACCAGCAGGCCCUGGAACAAUAAAUAAACCAUCACUUCCCUCAACAAUAAAUAAAUAUCCAAGAAAUAAAUAUCUGGCAAGGGCUGGAGGGGCCUUAAGUUAUUGGGUAGAGUAUGGGGUGAGAGGUUGGGGGACUCCCACUUUUUCUGAGCUGGAGGUGUCCUG